GCUUGUCCAAAACCAGUUAUAUUUCGUGAUUUUGCUGAAUUCGUUACAUCCAACAGCAUGUUUUCGGGCUUAAAAGGCGACGAUAUGGCGUUGUCCUCGUGUUUAUAGCGUGCUGUUCGACCCUCACCAAACUUUCAGCUCACAAGCCUUUUUCGUUGCAGAAUUUCUCUACGCUUAUUGCUCAUCAUGCCUUAUAGUUCUCAGCGUCAUACUGUUAUCUAUGCGAUCACGGAUGGACCGCCAGUGGUCCACAGAAGUCCGCCGAUGCUUCAGAUAACUACUACGCAACCCCCCCCACGAAACUCUCAGGCUUACAUUCCGACUAGCCAGAGACCUGUAUCUUACACUCCAGGAUGCAAUACACAGGGAAAGACCAAUCUCAGUCCGAAAAAUGCUCGGCACAGUGUUCCUGCCAAUUCCUUUAGACAGAGUCGUUUCGGAAUGACUUCUCCUAUUGCCAAUCGUAUACUUUUCUACGACAAGGACAAGCCUUUUUAUUUUUUCACCAAUUUUUCGGCCCACCCUGUCAUUUACAACGGAGAAAGGUACCCAACAAGUGAACAUCUUUUCCAAUCUUUCAAGUUUGAACAUCGUCCCAGCCUCGCAAAACACAUCAGGACAUGCUCUGAAAGACCGAGCGUGGCGUUUUCUGAGGCUCGGCGAUUCCAACCGGAGGUUCGCACGGACUGGAAGGCAGUGAACAUCAGCAAGAUGGAAGUUGCUCUUUACCUCAAGUUCACACAGCAUAAUGAUCUGAAGCGCGAAAUCCUUGCGACAGGAGAUGCAGAGCUUGUCGAGGACUCUCCCAAGGAUGCCUUUUGGGGUGUGGGGCUUGAUGGGCGUGGUCGAAACGAGCUUGGGAAGGCCCUCAUGAGAAUUCGAGAGCGUAUUCGACAGGACGAAUGAUUUUACAAUGGCUCAACAGGAUCCGUUUCCGAUCGUCCAUCGUGUAAAUUACACUGUUUCAUGAUAUGCUCCUCACUGGAAAAACGUGGCUGAAGCUAUAAGUACGACGGAAUUUUGUCCACGGCCU